AUGGUGAAGCUCAGCACCCUGAGCAUCCUCCUGAGCCUCCUGGGCUGUGCCCACGGCAGCAGGUCGCCCGACUGCGGGGGCAUCCUCACCCCAGCAGGGCUGAGCUACCUGGCUGAAGUUUCAAAGCCCCAUGCAGAGGCAGUCCUCAGGCAGGACCUGAUGGGCCUGGCUGUGCUGGAGCAGCUGCAGCCCCUCAGCAACCAAAUUACCUCUGUGGAAGUGGCUGAGCUGUCCCUGCAGCUCGUCCCCCACGCCGGGCUGCGGCUGAGCAUCGUCGUGGACCUCAGCAUCACAUCUGCCCCCUCCAGCACCAAGGCAGUGAGACUGUCCAUCUGGGCAGAGCUCCGUGUGGACAUGAGCCCCGAGGGGAACCUGGAGCUGGUGGCCUCUGACUGUGACACCAGCGUGGAGGAGGUGCAGAGCACCCAGGAGAAGGAAAGUAAGUCCUCUAGUUCAGAGGUGGACAAGGAGAUUUAUGAUUAUAAGAUUUGCCUGGAAGUCUCCAAGUUGCUGCUUUUGCCAAAGGAACAGCUGGUAUCUCUGACAGCCCCAUUCCCCAUCGCUCCCAGCUGCCAGCUCCAGUACCUGCCCCUGGCUGCACCCAUGUUCUCUGAGCAGGGAAUCAUCCUAUCCUUGAAAACAAGUUUCAAGGCGGUGGGGAAGGCAAUCCGCCUGCCCACCAGCCCCACACCCUUCAGUGUGCCCGAGACAGCGAGCUCCCACCCUUCCCACCUCACCCUGGCUUUCUCUGAGCACUUCUACACCAGCCUCUUCUACGCCCUGGAAAUGUCUGGAGCCCUCAACAUGACCAUCCCGAGCCCGCUGACCACCGCCACCGUGGCACAGAAGAUCACUCAGCGGACGAGCUCCCACUUCCCAGAGGACCUACCGGUGGUGCUGGGAGUCGCCUCCAGGAGGUCACCCCGGGUGGUGCUGGAGGAAGGCAAAGCAGCCCUGAAGCUCUUCCUCACCGUCCACGCUGGGGCAGGAUCACCAGCUCUGCAGAGCUUCCUGAGCCUCAGCGUGGACAUGUCUGCAGGACUCCUCCUCAGCCUGGCUGACACAAGGAUGAGGAUUUCUGCAGCAGUGAUAGAGGAUGUUGAGCUCAGCCUGGCUGCCUCCAGCGUGGGUCCCAUGCCAGCUGCCUUGCUGAAGGAGUUAUUCCUGCCCACAGUCUGUGAGAGGGUGCCAGCCCAGGUGAAUGCGGUGCUGAGUGAAGGUGUGUUCCUGCCCCACCUCUCCAGCUUCACCUACACCAACAGCAGUGUCAUCAUCCACAAGAACCACGUCCUGGUCCCCUGUGACCUGGAGCUGCGGCCGCAGCCUGCAGAGCAGAGCACCGUGGGCUGA